UUCCUUUUUUCCCAUCGACCAAACACCACGCUCUCUCUCUCUCUCUCUAUCUACUUUCGUUCUCACUUUUUCUCUCUCUCUGUUUACUAAAUCAAAAACCUUUCAUUUUGUUACCCCCAUUUUCUUCCACCUAAUCUUUUUCUUUUUUGUUCCUUGGUCCCCUCUAUAUUUUACUACUUUUCUUUUAUUAUCAGUUUUUUUUUUUUAUAAUCACCCACCGCCCUUAGUUUUUUCCUUCCUCUUUUUUUUAUUUUUUUUUUCCUAUCUUCCAAACAACCCUCAUUUUUCUCUUUUAUCUUUUAGACUUUCUUUUUCUAUUCCGUCUAGAAAAUUUUAAACUAAUCUCUUCUUCUUGUCUACUAUAUAAACCCCUUCAUUUUCUCUUCCUAGCCCCCACGAACCCAACACUUCACUUCUUUACUUUCCUACCACUUUCUCUCACUCUCCAUUAUUAUUUUCUCUCACUCCAAACAUAAAUUUGUGUACUUUGAAAUUCUGUUUCACUUGAACCCCACCUUUUGAAUCUCGGCAAAAGCUACUAUUCGGGUUUUGGAUUUCGAAAAAUGGAUAGCUGCGAGAACAAAAAGCGGGCUCGGGAAGACUCGGAGGACUCGGACGUCGACUCGCCCGAGUCCAAGCUAAUCCGAGUCGACUCGGACGGCUCGAAGGUCAUCCUCUGCGAGUCCGGAAUCACCCGGGUUGACUCGGAGAACUCGGAUGCCAACUCGCAGGCUCCGAGUCUUACGGAGGUCGACUCGGGCGAGUCGGCCGAUUCCGUUCUGGACUCGCCCGAGGCGAAGCAGAUCCACGACGAUCUUUUGGACAUCCUCGACGAUCCCGACAGCGUUACCGACCGUGAUCCGGCGAUUCAAGGGCUCGACUCGGUUAUCAAAAGCUUCGCGGAAGAGAUCCAGGUUCCGGAGCCGGAGCCGGGAUCAGAACCGGUGCCGGCGGGUAUUGAAAUGAGGUCGGAAUCCGGCGAGUCGCAGCCGGUUCUCGGUUACCUUCUGGAAGCGUCGGACGACGAGCUUGGCCUCCCGCCGACGACUUGUUCCGGCGAAAAAGCGAAGAUCGAGGCCAUCGAUUUCGAGAAAAGCUGUUCGGAGACGGUUGGUUUGGACGGAAUGUUAGGGUUUGAGGACGAGGUUCCGAGUUACGACCCGUACGUGUUCGGAGUCGGGACGGAGACGAACUGCAACGGCGUUAACGGCAUUGAUGAAUACGUUGCGUUAGACGGGCUGUUCGAUUACAGCGAUGGAAGUUUCGAAACGGGUGGCGUUUCGGAGGUAGCUUGGCGGACUACAGAAUCACUGUCGGCUUUGUAGAAAGAAACGUUUCGGCGUACCCGGGGUGUUUUGUAGGUAUCCUGGGACGUUUCAUGAAAUGUGUUAUACUUUUGUUUAUAAACUAGGUCGUAUAAAUUUGAAGAAUGUAAAAAAAAAAAAGAAAAAAAGAAAGGAAACAUUAUUUGAUUCUCACGGGUUGACAAAGACAAAAUAUCUUUAUCAACAAUAUUUAAAAUUUUCACCUGUUAA